CGACGCAACCAACGUUGACUAAAGACAAUGUUCAGAAAACAAAUGGAAAUUCGUAGCUACGUAUACAAGAACACGUCCAGAACGAAAAACGGAGAAUAAUAAAGUCGACAAUAAUAAGGAAAGAAUGGAUCUUUCACCACAGUCCAGAACAACAGAUGAUACAAUCACGGACAGUAAUGCGUCAAAGGAGAGUCCGUACAGAUGGCAUGCGCCUGCACGAAAAUACGAAACGUCUCGUACCAAUCUACCGGUUAAACCUAAAGCAGUAACUAUAAACUCGGACUCUGCAUCCUCACAGACUACCGGAAGUAGUAACAAACCUCCAGUGUUUAAACUUAAAUUACAUAAAAAGCCAAUGUAUUCUAGAGACAAGAAAGCAAAGGAAAAGGAAGCCGUUCUAACUCCAAGAACACAUAAAUCCUCACAAGACUCAUCUAGGCCAAAGUCUUAUCAUUUAGAAAGGGAUAGAUCUAUUUAUAGGACUAAUACUUAUUUGUGGGAGGAAGAAAAGGCUGAGCUUACAUACCAGCCAUCGACAAAUACGCAAACGGAUGUUAUGAUGGCUUAUACUGGUGAACCAAAUACAAGAGAGGCUUUGAAAAGUGCUGGUGGCAAGAAAAGGGCGAAAGAAUUCAAAAAAGCAUUUACAGUGUUCGCUGUGCGGUCAAAACAGCCGCCAUGGCACGAGAAUGAGUAUAUACUCAACAGACGAGAGGCUCAAAUUUAUCAAGGUAUCAAACAAGUUUACGAUAAACCAACUGCAAAGAAGUCUAGACAGCGAGAAUUUAUGAAGAAACUUGAACAUUUCCAAAUUGAAAUGGCAAAACAUGAGAUGAACGAGAUGCAAAUAAAAGAAGUAAAAAAGAACAAAGACAAAACGAGGCAAGCAAAUCAGCUGAAGGAAUUAAGGCAACGAUUUGAAGACGAGGCUUGGCAUCGGUUCCACACACAAUAUGUAACGUCACGAGUUCUUGAGCACGAAAAAAUGAAUCGCUUCCAGUACGGACUUCCCGAGGAACCGGACGGUGAACCAGAAUUCGCAGUGAAAUUGAAAAGGAAGAAGAAGAAUCCACAAGUGGUUAUCAACGGAAAACAGUUAAGCAAAAUAAAUAAAAAGAGAUAUUCUGAUAUGUUUGAUGUGAACACUGGGCCAAAAUGGAGUACAGACACCAAAGAACCUAAGAUGGAGGGGAUCGACACUGUAGUGUUGGAUGUACAUGAUGAGGAGGGAGGCGUGAUAAUCACGCGAAAAGAAGAAGGAAACACAAAAGAGAAGAAAAAGUUCGUAAAGGACGUAAUCCACGAGGCGCAAAAGGAACUUCAGGCAUCGCCUGGCAAUGGUAAUAACACGGGGGUGACGCCGAGGAGCCCUGUGGUAGAAGAUGCACCAAACACUAAAUCUAACCAAAGAGCAAAGACUCCGGACUUUUACGCAGAGGAGAGUGAAAGUGAUGAUGAUGACGACAUGUCCGACAUCUUUGAGAGGGCGCGAAAGAAGUAUAACUUGACAGUAGAAGACGAAGCCGAUGCUGCCAGUCGUGCAAGUCGUGUGCGUUGAGAAAGUACAUGAACAUUUGUGACAUGUAUUUGGUUCAAAAGUCAUCUUUCAAGGAAACUAAACCAGAACAUUGUAAUAUCUGUUGUUAAAACGAAUAUGUCUGAGCAAAUAUAACAAACAUUUAGGAUAUAUUUCGAAAAUAUUUUAUCUCUUGUUUAAAUUUAUAUUGAAAAUAAUGAUAUAUAUUGUUGAAGCAUCCUUUUUUAAAAAUAUGAAAAUGUCUACCCAUUACUGAAACUACAAUGUAUAAUGAACUCAUAUGCACGAUAUAUUUUAGAUUGAAUAAGCACUUUUCGAAGACUGUUUGAAAAUCGUUGAAAAUAAGAUAUCCUUGUUACUAUCAACCCAAGAAACAGUUAGAGAAUUGGCGAUUAGUAAUUGAUACGUCAUGUAAUAUUUCUUUUAAACGAAAGAUGUUCACGUUUUUAGUACAUGGUAAUGAUUAUCUCCCUUUCCAGGAUUCUGUUUCGUUUCGAACGCUUAAAGGGGGGAAACUCAUAUCCAAAUGUAUACUGCAGAAAAUGGUAAUAGUGAUAAACGAAUUACUGCCCUUAACCAUGGCAGUGGCACAAUUCGGAAAGUCAUUGGACUCAGUCUACUGUCACGGUGCAUUUUAGUCUAACCUCGAUGUAAUUUCCUCCUCGGCAAAAUGAAAGUAACCGAAAUCAUUUAAUGUUCAAUAAUAUCCAUUUUAUCAUAUACUAAGGUCAAUCUAACAUAACUUUGUAUUAACCCCGUCCACGUGUUAUAGAUAGAUGUUGAAAGGUGGAAAGGGACUUAACUAAUGUGUCCUUGCAUUUUACUUAUGUAUCAACUUCUGUGAUAAAAAUUACUAGUGCUUUAUACUAGGAAUGAAAGAGAGGAGUGAAUGAUAUGAAUGCGUGUAUAUCAAACGUUUAUAUUAUAUAUUUAUUUGAAUUUAGGAUAAAAUUAAUUUUGAAAUUGUUUUAUAAACUGGCACAAUUAAAAGGAUCAGUGAUAUUUUCCGAUGUCUAUUUCACAAUGCACAAACAUUUAUGCACUCCGAAUAUUAAUAGAACAACUACUUAUACAGAAGUAAUGCAGAAAUAAUGAUCAAAUUAUGAUCAGCAACUUCAAAGUGUAAAUAGCUGGUAAUCUAGUCGCCGUUAAGGAGUAUAUUAUUUAAUAUCAAACCGUGUCUACUUGGAUCAAUUCGGUAAACAAAGUAUCAUCGGACAUUGAUAUAUCUAGGAUGAAUCGUUACAAUAUUUUAAACACAUCAGUGGAACUUGAGCCCAUGUAUUAAAAACUGAAAAGAAGCUCUUUUCACGUAUUAUAUUCUAUUGUUUGAAUUGCUUUUAACGUCACUCAUGAUAUUUAUAUUUUCUCAACAACCAGAAAUAUCACUUUAGAUAACAGGUUCUGAAGCUUUCUGAAUAAUACGAUUUCUAUGAUAAUGAGUAUUUAGCUAUUUGGGAAUCUCGGCCAUUUACAUGUAGUGUAAAAUGGCGUUUACUCACAAUUAAUUGAUUAAGAAUCUGCAAAGCAUUUUAAAGUAACACGAGUACGUACACUGUAUAUGUAGCUUGUAUUUGCAUUGGUAAUAAUCGAUAGUCCUUGGAUCAUUGGUGGUCGAUUAAGACAUAUUUUAUUGUCCAAAAUGACAAAUGGAUGAGAGACAAAUUCUUAGAACUUACUAACUUUUCUCCAAACAAGUAUUAUCCUUCACAAGUAAUUGGUACAAUAGAGUUAUUUGGAUAAAAGUAUGAUAUUCUGUAAAAUCAAUGACACUUCUGUAUUAUCAUUAAAUGAUCACUGAUCUUGA